UAGGCUGUCACCCUGUCUAUCUUCACAGAAAACCACACAGUACUUCCUGUUUGGUAGAUAUGAAUCGAAGAGCAGUUCUCUUCAAUGACCUUCUUUCCGACAUUUUGACGGUAUUAGAGAAGUCACUGAAGGGAACAACAUUUAUAUUGUGUGACCUGUACAAACUGUUUGAAGAUGUCCACGCUUUGCCCGAAAUAUAUGGGUUUAGAAAUGUUGUUGAUUCCUGCUGCAUUGACGUAGCGGGGAAUCAAACACGGGAAUGUGCUCCAGGUAGAGCCCCUUGCGCUGACAGAACAACUCAUGCCUACUUCGACCCUUUCCACCCUUCGGAGAGCAUGCAUAAAUUGUGGUUCCAACUCUGUUUCAAGGAUAUCAUAUGAACCUUUUAUUUCAUGUAUUCAACUUUAUUGUUCAUCAAUCGUACAAACUGUUAUUACUACUAUUAUCAAAG